CUCACUCCAUUUCCUUGUUCAUCAGAGCUGCAGUGUGUGAAUUUUUGUUGCUGGUGGCUGACGGUCGCUUUCAGGAGGAGGAUUGCUGAUGCGCAUUUGAUGGCGUCUGUUAAUAUCGCUAUGGAUGUGAUCGAGGAUCAGUCGGGGAAACGUGGACAGGAGGGAGACGAGGGUCCGCUGAUUAAACAUUACAGAGUCUCGGAGCUCAUUCCUGCACCAGAACUUCCUCUGCACAAGCUCCUAAAGAAGGAACCAGCUGUGUGGGCCUCUGUGCAGGUCUGCAGUGGGGUUUUAAGCCUUGGAAUUGGAGUCAUGUUUGCAGCGUCCUUUAAAAUUGAAGACUUCUUUCUGACCUUGUUCAGAGUCCCGAUCGUCACUGGCAUAAUGUUCCUGGUUGCCGGGACUCUCUCCAUGUUGCUGUACAGACACCCCGCGCUCUUACAGAUCUGUUUUCACUCCAACAUCUUCUGUCUGUGCUUAUCUAUGAUCGGAGCCGUGCUGCUGUCUGUGGAUAUUGGUGGCACUAAACCUAAUUCUAAUCCCCCUACACCCGAAUCUCUAAGUUCUCAGGCUCGACAGGUGGAAAUCAUGGUGCUGUGCGUGACGGUGUUGGACAUGAUGGUCUCCAUAGUCCUCGUAUUACUGAUUCAUGCGGAGAAACGCCGCAAGGCGAAGCAGUGAGCCGUCUCUCAGCCCCUCAGCUUUAAACCCAGAGCGAAACAUAACCUGCUGCAAGUAACUGAUCAAAGUCGAGUUCUUUAAACGGACGCUUUUGUGAUUUUUUUUUCCUAAACAUUUCUUUGUGAGAACAGGCAGCAGACCAACUGGUAGAUAAACAUCUUAAGACAUGAGACACAGUUACGAAACAGCUACAUGUCAACAAAAAUGACAUUUGCAAGCGGGUCGAUUCCGAGGUCACCUUCGUCUUUUGAAUAGCUUAUAUAUAUAAAAUAUACUGUAUAUUAUAAAAUAAUAUAUAUAUAGAUUUCACUUUUCGCUUGCAGUGUAAUGUGGUAAACAUUUUAAAAAUAGAAAUAUCAUGUCUAUAUCUGAUAAUGUGAUCGUUAGUCCUGAGAAGGCACUUUAUCCUGGUGAGGUUCGCUAAACUUUUUGCUAAUUAAAUCAUAAUUAAAUAAUUCUUUACUAUUUUGUUCAACCAAAGUGUAGGCCUCUAUCAGGCUGAAACAUGUGACUUACUUUCCUUUUUUAAAACUUUAUUCAAUUUGUGACGAAGAUCUGUUGGACAAAGAUAAAGAGUCGACUCGGGUUUGUGAACUGAAUCAUUUAGCGACUCACUGGAAUGAACUAGAGUACCCUCGCUUUUAUUACAUGGCUGUGACAGUGAGUGAUGUGUUGAACCUGUUGUCUUCGUGCAGCUGAUUAUUUCCCUCUAACAGCAUGCUGCCCAGUGGUUUAUUCCUUCACAUCACCCUGCCAGUAAUCACUAAAGUUCAUUUCGGACAUUUUUUCCAUCCAUUUAUAGUUAUGUUGGGUGUUUUUGAACCGUCCAUGAAGUAAGUUCCUGUUCGGGUCUAGACAGAAAGCAUCUGUGAGGUGUGAAAAAAUUUUCACACCCCUAAGACACACAUCGAAUUUCUGCUUUUUUAGUUUCUUCCUUAAAAUGGAGCUCUGGUGUUUCUCACACACGCUAAAAUAAGACGAAUUACGCCAUUUAUUAACAUCCAGACGCUGCAGGAACGGCAUGAUCGCGUGCUUUCCAACCGAGAGCUGGAGUUGUAUCAUUUACCGUUAAUACAAACGAACAUUAAACCAUGUGCAAACAAUUAAACCACGAAUUAAACCAGCCAAUUAAUCCAUUAGAAGAAUUGCUAAAAUAAACUUAAAAUAAGAACUAGAUGAGAAACGCUGAGAGCUCACACGGCCUCCUCUCGGGUUAUGACCUGCUUAUAAGGCUGAAUAGCUUUAACGCCAAUUUAGUGUAAACUCCGUAAAUAAAACUGCAUAUGAAUGUUAAUAUUAACACCAUAACCAAUUAAAUAUACCUGAUUAAUGAAAUAAAUGUAACAUACAAAAAUAGUAUUUGAUCUUUUGUUAGUAUAUUAAUCGCUCAUAGACUUUAGAGAUAAAUGUCCUCAACUUCCGCUUUUGUCUUGUUCUUUCUCGCUGUAGCGGCGGUGUCUCUGCGCUCGCAGCACGCGACCCGCGUCGUGGUCACGUCGAAUACAGGAGUGUGUGAAAGAUAUGAAGUGUGUGUGUGUGUGUGUGUGUGUGUCAGAGUUUCUUGAGACGUUACACCCUCUCUUUGUCUUUACUCAGUUAUAAGUGAAUUAAACACACAAAAACAAGCUGCGCUCUUUUGGCUUCUUGUCCAUGUAGGACAAUGUGAGACAGAGACGGAGAGACGGAAAGUUGGGGAAUGAUUUUAUUUUAUUAGUAGUGCCGGAUCUAAAAACAAUUUUAGAAAAAGGAAACAUUUCUGUACACAACAUGCUUACAAACAAACAAAAAAACAAACAAACAAAAACAAGACCCAAGUUGUGCUUUUCGCCUGGAUUUCAUGGAUGCGCUUGGUGUUGAGUCCGGCGCGUACCAGCAGUGUGACGGGUUGAACAGUUUCCUUGAACACAGAAACAGUGUGAAGUAGUGUGUGUGUGUGUGUGUGUGUAUACUGUAUAUACAGCAUCGUAAGUUCAGUGUUUAACCGCUGCACGCCGCCGCCGCCGCCCUCCUGUCCCGCCGUGAUGAAGUCACGUCACAGCUUUAAGGGGAAAAUUGAAAAGAGAGAAAAAGCCUGAUUAUCCCUGCUGUUUUAACAUUUCUAACCCUCUUAUUUACUUUAACAUGAACGCUUUACACACAUCACAUGUGUCUGAGUUAUUACUUGUAUAACUGUAGUUCACGUGACGCGCUGACGUCUGUACAGCGGCGUUUGACCUGAGAUCUUUGCUUUCAAGUUGUAAAUAAUUUCCUAAAAAUAAUGCUAAAUAAAAUGAUGCUCUAGA